AUGGAAUCUGUCUUCUCUAAUUGCGAUAUCUGUCUAUCGCUUUAUCGGGCCAGAUCACCUAACGAAAGUAUUUUCAACGGGCCCGUCCCGCAGUUCACAGCACCCUUCGAAAUCAACACCGCCGGCAUCUUCAAGGGAAACGACGAUGAUGGAAAUGGAAUUACGAAGUGUGCCGUGUUUUCCCGACUUUAUUUCAAAAACGCCCUAUUCAGACAGCCCCUCGGCUCCCGGGCUUGGGCACUACAAGAGAGGCUCCUGCCAGAUCGUCUUCUGGGGUUUGGCGCUGGGGAACUGUUCUGGAGCUGUAAGCAGAUGCCGUAUGCAUGCGAAUCCAUGCCAUAUGGUGCUCCGGAUCGGAGCCAGUCAUUGCAGGUCUCAUCGCUGCCAUCAACGUCCGACUUCAUAGAAUUAUCCCUUGCCUGGUUCGACUUGGUGGAAGAGUACACAAGGAGGGAGCUGACAUAUCCAGAGAAGGAUAAGCUAGCAGCGUUAUCUGCGGUAGCUUCGUCGAUGCAACAGGCGAUGGGCGACGAGUACCUGGCAGGGCAUUUUUUCAAAUCAAUCGCUCAUAGUCUGGUAUGGCAUUCGGGCGAGUAUAACGCCCGCCGGACAUCGCAGAGUCAGGUGACCAAGCGGAUGUUGCGGUUGCCAAGCUGGAGCUGGGCUUCAGUGGACGGACGCAUUUGGUUCAGCGAAGCCAUCAAUCUGUACCGACUGGACGAGACACUCUUGGCACACACGAUUGGAUAUCACCAGCCUCCUGAAAGUACUGCUGCAAAAGGGCUGAUGCCAUCUGUUGUCCUGGAUCUCAGCGCCUUCCGCAUCGAAGGCCAAAUCACCCGUUUCAGCGGACAUGCUGGUAACGUGCACUUCCUCCACAGUUUCGACUUCAAGCAGCUUGACUAUCUGGUCGAUGCAACUGACGCAGUCUCCGUCAUGCUGGACAACGCUGAGAGGCCCAUCGAAGGCACCAUAGUGAUGUUUUGCCCCAUGUUUUUACUGCCGCAAAAUUAUAGGUUCGGGGACUACGACAAGCGCACCCGUGUCCAUGGAGUGUUCCAAGUGGAGACAGAGCUGGAGGUAGACGACCAGAUGGUUUAUGAGAGGAUUGGGGUUGGGUACAUCCUCCUCAAGCUGGGUGUGACCUGGCAGGAUGUGGUCGACGGCAUAGGGAUGGAACGGACGUCCAUCCUUUUGGGUUGA